UUACAGUCUACACACUCAGGCCAGCAGAAGGAUCAGAAGAAAACACACUCUCACACCACUUGACAGCUCUUUGCCCGCACAGACACACACUGUUGCUCCACACAGAGCCUCCGACUGUCUCACUGAGGACUGACUCUGACAAGCGUUUCGCCUCCUGUCACCUGAAGGAAAAGUAAAAACUUCCAAGCAGCCCAGAAGGCGGCUCGGCAAGGGAAAGAAGACUUGCUGGAUUCAUGCGCAGAUAUUCUUCUUUGCCGAACCAGAGGAUUCAUGGAUGAAAGAUGACUCUCCGGCUGCUGGGUGACUCUGGCUUUGUGAGUGACUCUGCUGCGAUGGAGGAUGUUUCCCAGCAGGCCCAGUGACUCCCUCCACUGCCCAUGCCUCCUGCUGAAUGUGGACAGCCUAGGAUGGAAGACCCAGCAAACGCUGCUCUGAGGCACUGGAACAACUCUCUCAACCUCUGUGAUCUCACCUCCGUCAAACACACCGGCACACUCCACUGCUUCACCUCCAUCUCCAACCAGACAGGGACCACCGCCACCGGGUGACCAGAUUCCAGGAUGUUUGUGAAUUUCCGCCGGAUACGAAAAUGCCAGUGUGUGCAGCUGAUGACCACGUGCCUGGUGCUGUCGGUGGUGAUGGUCUGCUGGGAGCAGCUGGACAACAACGUUGUGAGCCACGUCAAGUCGUACUCGUACCGCUACCUGGUCAAUCGUUUCACCUACAUCAACAAGAGCCUCACCAUCUCACGUGAGCAGGCCAGAAGCUUCAGCAGCUUCCCCUACCUGCUGGACCACCCUGACAAGUGCAUCAACGAGGACGUCCUCCUCCUGCUCUUCGUUAAGACGUCCCCAGAGAAUAUUGAGAGGCGAAACGCCAUCAGAUCCACCUGGGGCAACGAGACCUACAUCAGAAACACGCUGGGAGUGACGGUCAAGGUGGUGUUCGCUUUGGGAGCAAUCCAGACCAAGAAGGAGGAGCCCUCGUGGAGCAAGAGGAGCGGCGUGGGCUUCCAGGAGCAGCUCGUCCAGGAGGAUCAUGUCUAUGGCGACUUGAUCCAGCAAGACUUUCUAGACUCCUUCCACAACCUGACCCUGAAGCUGAUCCUGCAGUUUCACUGGAUGCACAAACGCUGCGCACACGCACGUUUCUUCAUGACCGCCGACGACGACAUUUUCAUCCACAUGCCCAACCUGGUGAGCUACCUGCAGGACGUGAGCAGCAAGGGCAUCACAGACUUCUGGAUCGGACGAGUGCACCGAGGGGCGCCGCCCAUCCGCAGCAAGGACAGCAAAUACUAUGUUCCUUUUGACAUGUACCAGUGGCUGUCUUACCCCGACUACACGGCCGGGGCGGGCUACGUGGUCUCCAGCGACGUGGCAGACAGAAUCUACCACGCCACGCUGACCCUGAACGCCUCGCUUCACAUAGACGACGUGUUCAUGGGCAUCUGCGCCAACGCCAUCGGCGUGUCGCCACAGGAGCACGUCUACUUCUCAGGAGAGGGCAAGGCGCCGUACCACCUGUGCAUCUACGACCAGAUGAUGACGUCGCACGGCCACGUAGAGGACAUUCACGACCUGUGGAAGGCAGCGACGCACCCGCAGGUGAAGCGCAGGGCCUCAGGACUGUUGGGGAGGCUGUACUGCACCGCCGUGAAAAUGGCUCUGCUGUGCAAACCCUACUACACGGACACCUACCCCUGCAAAGCUGCCUUUUUGUAGUAUUAGUCAGGUGUGUGUGUGUGUGUGUCAGUGCGUGACAGCGAGAGCGAGAGUGUGUGUCAUACUGUAAGUCGUAAUAAAAUGAGGAUCAUUGCUGCGAAUAUUACCUCAGUCCUUUCAGUCGGACAUCCGUGUCAAAGCACUGUGUUGGUGUGAGAUCGCCACAUGUCACGUCUCCGUGGUCGAAAAGCGCCGCAACACUGGCUCUGCAUUGACAGUACAAUGUGAAAAAAGGUUCUGAGGAGAUGCAGUUUACAUGUCGGUCCAGCUCAAAGCCAGUCCUCUCACAGCUUUUCAUCUCAGCCAGUUGUUCAGAACCACACCUCCUCAUCACCUUUGAUUUUUGCACUCUUCCACCACUGGAGUAAACAGAAGGCUUGCCAAAAUGUGUAAUAACCUAUUUAGCUAGAGUCAAAAAUAACGAUCACAGACCUACAGGAGGUCUGCGUUUCAAAAAGAGACGCUGAUGUGAGACAGAGGCGGCACAUUCGGGUGUCAACAGUGUGUGAGUCAGCGUAAGACAAAUAUACAGCCGGCCGGUGACACGUCGGAGCUAAAAACGUCUCCGGGUCACCGAGUGCUGAAGUAGAGCCGACGUGUCACUGAAAAGAUCCAACAAACUGUUCCUGUGCUGGGUGGGUGGAGGGGUGGAGGGGGAUGAUGAUGUAAACGCUUUCAUUACAUUUGUGAAGAAAAAAAGUUUUUUAUGGAAAUAAAAUCUGCGUUCUGUUGUUACUGA